AUGCGCGGUGUACAGAGGUUGAACAGUGUUCUCCAUGUUUAUGCUGCAGUCCACAAUGAAUUUCUUAUGGAUCUUGGGGUCCGUGCCUACAGUUCGUGCCCCUACACUUACACCUGCCUCUGUCUGCCUCAGUUCAACCUGGUUUGUGAUCGGAAGCCCCUGAAGCAGACCUCGCAGUCAGUGUUCAUGGCUGGACUCCUUGCUGGGGCCAUCAUCUUCGGGCCCCUCAGUGAUCGGAUUGGCCGAAGAGCCUGUAUCCUUCUGCAGCUGCUGCUGAUUGCCAUCGUGGGCCUGGCCACAGCCUUUGUGCCCAGCUUUGAGCUCUACAUGGCCUUUCGCUUUGCUGUGGCUAUAGCUAAUGCUGGAUGUUUGUUAACCACCGUUGCCCUGAUUUCAGAGUGGGUUGGGCCCUCGUGGAGGACUCGUACAGUGGCUGUGAUGCAGGCUAUUUCUGCUGUCGGGCAGAUGGUUCUAGCUGGACUCGCCUAUGGUGUCCCAAACUGGAGAUUCUUGCAAAUUGCUGUCUCUGCUCCUACCUUCCUGCUCUUCUUCUACUUCUGGCUUCUACCAGAAUCUACACGGUGGCUUCUCAUCCGGGGGAAGACAGAAGAGGCCAAACAACUGGUCAUGAAGGCAGCCUCAGUCAACAAGCGCAAGCUCUCCCCAGAGCUCCUGAGCCAGCUGGUCCCAGAGGAGCAAGCCCGCAAAGGGAAUGCCUUAGAUCUUUUCAAGCAUCCCCAUCUCCGGAAGGUGACCCUGAUUCUCACCUGUGUCUGGUUUGUGAAUAGCCUGGUGUACUAUGGCCUUAGCUUCCAAGUGGGUGAAUUUGGUCUGGACAUCUACCUGACACAGCUGAUAUUUGGAACAGUUGAAGUGCCUGCCCGCCUUUUGAGCAUCUUCAUGAUGGAGAAGUUGGGUCGCAAAUGGAGCCAGGCUGGAACCCUGAUUGUGGGUGGUGUCAUGUGUAUCACCAUCGUCUUCAUCCCUUCAGAUCAGCCUGUGGUGGUCACUGUGCUGGCUGUGGUGGGAAAGUUUGCCUCCGCUGCCAGCUUUACCAUCUCCUACGUGUAUACUGCAGAGCUCUUCCCCACCAUCAUCCGACAAACAGGAAUGGGGCUGGUGAGCAUCUUCUCAAGGAUCGGGGGCAUCCUUACACCACUUAUCCUCCUGCUGGAGGUCUACCAUGAGUCCAUCCCUAUGCUCAUCUAUGGCUGCACCACCAUCGUAGCAGGGGUGUUCUGUGUCCUGCUGCCUGAGACUCGUGGCCAGAGCCUGAGGGACACCAUCCAGGACCUGAAUCCAUGUCCCCAGCCAGGGUCCUUGAAUGCAGAGACCCUGGAAAAAGAAAAGGAGUCUGCAGGAAACUUUCCAGUUCAAUAACAACCACCAUGAAAUUCU